CAUGGUUCGCGGUUUUCCAAAACAAAACAUCAUGGCCGCUACUACGCACAACGGAGAGCAGACCGGAAUGCGUUGGUGAAGGUUGUUUAGCGAUUUAAAAGAGGCGUAAUUAAUUUUCGUUACUGACAUGAUCAUCGUGCUGUUCCACGUGCUUUAUCUUCUCGGGAAAUUCGUUUAUCAGAAAUACGGGGUCAAAAAUCAAAAGGCCAUGGACGAUGAUGCAGUGAUUGAUUCGAAGAAACAAUUGGAAAUCUCUGAUAGGGUUUAUAGAAUGAUAGAUCCUGAGGCCCCGCAGGACGAUGAAAAAGAAAAUAAUAUAAGAUUCUUCCCUCCGGCUUAUGUACAAAGAUACACUGCCGUGAGCGACAUUCUAGCUAGUCCCAAAUAUCAAGGAAAAUUACGCAAGGUAGUUGAUUUCGGAUGCUCGGAACUUGGCUUUCUGGUUUAUCUAAAGAAUAUAAGUGGUAUAGAGGAAAUAUUAUGCGUAGAUACAGACAGAUCCCUACUAGAAACUUACAAAGAUAAGAGUGCUCCAUUGAUUUCUGAAUAUUUACAUACCAGGACAACACCCCUUACAGUAGAAAUAUGCGAGGGUAGUGUUACUCACAAUGACAAAAAAUUAGAAAAGACGGAUGCUGUGAUUUGUAUAGAAUUGAUCGAGCAUUUGUAUCCAGAUACAUUGAACGAACUUCCACAAAAUAUUUUUGGCUUCAUCAAGCCAAAAUUAGCAAUUAUAACAACACCAAAUGCAGACUUCAAUGUAUUGUUUCCAAACUUUUCUGGAUUCAGGCAUCAUGAUCAUAAGUUUGAGUGGACUAGACAACAGUUUCAAGACUGGGCAGAAAAUAUCACGUCGAAAUGGCCAGAUUACGUAGUAACGUUCGAUGGUAUUUGUAAAGGACCAGAGGGCACAGAGCAUUUAGGAGCUUGUACUCAAAUGGCGGUAUUUCAUCGCCUUACCGAAAAAGAUAAUUGUAAUUUGGGCGUUGAAGGUUUAUUUAAAACUGUCGCCGUACAUGAAUAUCCAUUUCGCGUAGACAUUCGUUCCGAUGAACAAAAGAUCCUCGACGAAGCAACGUAUUACAUCCGACACCUAUCGUUUCAAGAUAUCAGUAUGGAGGAAGAAGUGCCAUUGAAAAAGUUAUGGGAAAUGCUGAGCUCGUUUCACAUUUCGAUAGAUGUAUUAAGAACAAUUUUAGAAGAAGCCGAUUGGUCGGUUGUAAACCGUGAAUUUGGACCAGUUGUAAUAGUGCCUCCUCGUUCUACAUUCUCCGAUUACAGUGCCGUGGAAGAACAACUUUGGUCUAACGAUUAUUCUGCCUCGGACGAAGUGGAUGAUUGGAACAGAGAACCUGGACCACCCAUGAACUCUACUAGAUUUAUGGAAGAAAACCACUCUUUAGAACAGUGGAAUAGCGAUAACUGGGACGAAGACCCAAGUAUCGUUAUCCCGCAAAACGCUUCUAUCGUGGAAGAGAAUACGUAUCUUUUCGACGGAGAAAACAUGUUACUGGAUCAUAUCUCUGAUACGACGAAAGAUUUCGAAAUUUUAGAAAAAUACGUGAAAAGUAAGAAAGAACCGCUCGAUGAAGAAUCCUCACUUUCGAAUAACGUUGAUCACAUGAGCAUGGAAGACAAGAACGAUUCGAUUGAGCAUAACGUUUCGUUUAACAUGAAUUUCGGAGACACAAAGGAUUCGUCUUUGAUACACGCUUCAAGUGCACAAGACAGCACAGUGUCAAACACCGCACAAACACUCAAUCGUAUGUUAGAUUUUCAGGAAUACAUGUCUACGUCUACUUCACCCGAACCAUACCUUUUGCAAACUGUUAAAAUGGGCCAUCAUUUAAAGGACGAUAGUAUGUGUAAUCAAAGCAUGAGCGGUGACUGGAUGUUAAACAAUUCGCUCGAGCAGUCAGAUGCAUCGAGAGAUGCGAUCUCGCAUGCGAAUUACAAUAAAGGUAAGAAGUUAUUACCAAAGAACGACUUUGAUGAUUCUGGUAGCUUAUGUAGCAUAUAUUUAAAUACGUCGUAUAGAGAAAGCGGAGAUUCCAAUCCUAAGAAUGUAAAUAGCGACACAAACGCGAGCAUGAGGUGUGCUACUACGGAUCGAAUGCAAAGUAUUCAGGAAGCUGGUAAUGCUUCCAAAGAAGGUCAAUUAUAUUUGAACAGCAGCAUGUCUUUUACUAGUAGCGCUACGAUAGAUAGUCAGCCGCAAUUCACGAGUUCUCCGAAAAUCGACACAAAGGUAAAUACCACAAGUAAAAAGCGAAAGUCUCUCGAUCGUAACGGGCAAAAAAACGGUAGCGAUUCGUUAAAAACGUUAAAGCAACUUCAAUUAACAAAACUUAGUAGCAAUAAUUCGUUAGAGAAUAGUAACGUAUCGUCUUUGCGAAGUGACACCGAUCUCAGUGUAUAUACUACGCCAAUCAAUAGUUAUAGCGAAGAGAAUGUGGAAAUGUUAGAAAGUGGGAACGAUAUGGUGGAUCAUUGUAACGAUAGUACGCUUACCGAUAGCGAUGCGUCGACGCUAAUAUCUUCGUUCAGCAAUGAUAGUCAAACGUCGAAACAAUUGCACGCAGUAGGCCCCAUAAGCAGAGACGAGAGCUUGAUGUUUAGCGCAAUCAAACAAAACGAGAUUGCCGCACUAAAGCUGAGCACUACGCAGUCGAUAAAUUGUGAUAUGAGAUUACAACCAGAAGCUAACUUUAAAUUCAUACCUGGGGAAAACGAUAGCAAGACUGAAACGAAACCUAAACCGGAAGAUAUUCGUGAGUCUAUAGACGAUACCAGAACUUCUUGCAACCAUGCCAAAGAUGUUAGCAACCUAAAACGUAUACUCCUUGUACCUAGAGCUUACGACGAAGAUGCACGGAGUGUGCAGUCCACUUCAGUAUUAAAAAACGAGGAACAAGCCGAAUGUAGCGUUGAAUAUCGCGAAUCUAAAUACAAAAAUAUGAGUCUUACUGCUAUAGAAGUAGUAGAAAGCAUCGAGGGGAAACCUUUUUCACCGGAAAGCGUAGAAACGCCACCGAACAGUUGGUCCCCGGAGGUGAUGGAUUCAGGAUACCCAAACUCUGCUUCUGCCCAAGAUAUGACGCCAGAAUACGACCUGUCGAGCAUAGCUCAGGAUCACGUAUCCGAUUCAGAACCACCGAGUAUAGCGGAGGCGCCGAGACUCGGAGUUCCUGAGGUGAUCCAAGUUGAAAAUGGCGAUUUAGCGAACAAUAACAGAGAUGGGGAGGGUAACAACAUGAUGGCCGUACGGUUGAACAACCUCGAGGAUCUGCAACCGUUGAUCGAUGUCCUCGAGAACGACCUAGAAAAUGAGAACGACAUUUACGCGCGAGAGAAUGACUUUCCUGUAUGGUUGCUGAGGAUCCUCGACAUGGCCAACCCUAUCGAUGUCGAAAUGCAAAUUAGGGAUCGCAGAGAAGUGAGGUUUCCAGACGGGAUACAGGGAGGCGAUGCGUACGCGCACGUAGAGCACGACGAAGGCUUCGACAGUAGUUCAGAAGAAGGAGACAUCGAUUUAGAGACCAAUGAGACAGGAGACGAGGACAACAGCGACGUGAACGAAAACGCGACGAUGCAUAGCGAGAAUGCUUCUCACAGUGAUAGCGGAAGCGAUCGGUGGGCUACAGGUGACACGUGAUACUAUUGAAUUAAUUAUUACCUAGAUGAUUCUACAUAUCGUAACCUAUGUUUGAGAGUUCGCUGAUAGAAGUGUGUGGGGAAUAUUUUGUGGAUAGUAUUUUUUUUCACAUUAUUUAUCGU